CCAGAUUUCAGUUUAUGGCGCGCUUUCAGCUCGAGAACAGCACCUGCCAGCCACAGGAACUUUUCAUCUAGAAGGAAGGAAAACACUAUUUUCCUUAUUAUUGUAUUUUUGUUUCCAAACAAAAAUCAUGCUUGGUGAGCUACUUUUAAUACUAAUUUUCCAAGCUGCAUCAUCUACAAACAUCGGUUUGAGAUGCGACAUGAUUCCAGAAGGAGUAACGGCACCCAAAUGUACUGAAGACUUUUCAAGGUACAAAAUCGACAUAUCGGGAAACCCCGAGUCUUACGUCCCUGGAGAACAAUAUACAGUGUUUCUGCGAGCUGUCGAAGGGCAAAACAACAAAUUCAGUCACUUUAUUAUAUCCGUUUUGAACGAGAAUCCGGAGAAAAAUAUAGCGUCGGAUACGUCAAUUGGGUCGCUGCAGCUUUAUGGGGACGCUUUGACGAAAUUUAGUGAUACUUGCCAACACGCUGUAGUGGAAACUGAUAAUCAACCUAAAGCCGAGAUACAAUUUUUAUGGGUGGCCCCGGCCAAAAACAGCGGUUGCAUCAAAUUCAAAGCCACCGUAGUCGAAUCUGUAGACAUUUGGUACAGCGAAGACGGCGAUUUGUCGAAAAUCUUAUGCGAAGAAGCCCCUGACACUGACGACACCCAACCGAAAAUCCUAAAAAAUUGCUGCACCUGCGAUGAAGCAAAAUACGAAGUCACCUUUGAAGGCUUAUGGUCCAGAAACACACAUCCAAAAGAUUUUCCUACAGGCAGCAAAAUAACUCGAUUCAGUGAUAUUAUUGGAGCUUCUCAUACCGUGAAUUACAGUUUUUGGAAUUAUGGAGAUUUAGCUAGUGAAGGCCUACAGCAACUAGCCGAGUUAGGGAAUACCAGACUUUUGGAAAGCGAGCUUAAAGCCAAAAGUGAUCAUAUUAGAACAAUAAUCAAAGCCAGAGGGGUCAGUUUUCCUAAUAUAACAGGCAAAACAUUUGCGGUAUUUCGCGUGGAUAAUAAACACCAUCUAAUGUCUAUUGUAUCCAUGAUUGAUCCAUCACCAGACUGGAUUGUUGGAGUAUCUGGUUUGGAACUUUGCAUGCGUAACUGUUCCUGGAUUGAAUCAAAAGUUUUCAAUUUGUAUCCAUGGGAUAUUGGAACUGAUGACGGAAUUACUUAUUUGUCUGUUAAUCAGCCAGCGGCUGCAAGGCAACCAAUCAGAAAGCUCAAAUAUGACUUUCCAGAUGAUCCAAGAUCACCUUUUUACGAUCCUACUGGUGCUAGCAUGAAACCUUUUGCCAGAUUAAAAUUAACAAGGCAAAGAUUAUACGAAAAAAGUUGCGAUUUUUCACCCAACGAAGACCCAGAUGAUAGCAAUUCCAACUGUGAAACUACUGAUUGGUCUCCAUGGUCUCCAUGUUCCGUGACGUGCGGCAGAGGCGUCAAAUACAAACAGCGUCGCUACAAAUCUGAAGAAAGUAAAUACAUUUGCCACAAAAAGCUAACGGAACGUGCCACAUGCGAAGCCGCACAGAAAUAUUGCCCGCAAAUCCGGCGUAAAGAAGUCGAAGACCCGCUUUGUGAACUUGGAGUUUGGUCGCCUUGGUCUAGUUGUAGUGCCACAUGCGGCAAAGGUACCAAGACUAGAGAUAGGAAAUUCAAAAACCGUUAUGCGGCAAAACGUUGCGGUUUUGGACGUACGCGGCAACUAAUUUUGCAGCAAAACUUGGAAUGCUGGGUUGAGGAAAAGUGUAGCGACUAUGAGGAGAUUGAGGAAGGGCUGGAUUGUGCUGAAAGGCCUUGGACUGAUUGGUCGCCGUGUUCGGCCACUUGCGACAAAGGGUUCAAGGAAAGAUACAAGUUGUCGUUGAAGUUUACUGGACAUGAAGCCAUCUACGGACCAAGUAGAGGAAAAGAUAAUCAGGAUAUCGAAGACGAUCCUUGCGAAAAACGUAUACGAGAAACUGUUGAAUGUUUCGAAAGACCGUGCCAAAAGGACACCAAUAAACAACCCAACGUUGCAGUUUGUAGUCUCCCAAAGGACGUCGGAGCCUGCAAAAGCAAUAUAGACCGUUGGUACUUUGAUACUGCAAAAGGCCGUUGCGAAAUUUUCAGUUUCAGCGGCUGCGAAGGCAACCAAAACAACUUCAACACUUUAGAGCUUUGCCAGACUUUAUGUACCAAAUAUCAAAGAGAACUUAUAGCAAACUCGUCCCAAAAACACCAAACCUUUGAUGGUUCAAUUUCAGGAGUCAUUUCCUAUAACAUCCAAAAUGAUGCAACAACCGGUAAUAAUAAUUGCGGUACAAUUCAUCUAAACUCCACUAUAAAGUAUAAAAAUUUAAACUCUAUUUCAGCUUAUACAGAUUAUAUGGAUAAGGUGGACUGUGUAAUGUCCAAGUGGACAGAUUGGACACAAUGUUUGCCUUUGGAUAAUGAUUGUGGGCCAGGAUUCAAGGUGAAACAUCGUUAUGUGCAAGUUCAGGCACGUAAUGGAGGAGCACCUUGUUCAAAACGUUUGAUGAAAAAGAAAAAAUGCAAUUUGGAUUGUGGAAAGUGA